AUGGCGACGUUGGCGUGGCUUUUAGCCGUCGCUCUGCUACUGACAGCGGCGGCUGGCCAAGAUUCAAGAUCGCCGCAAGAAAAUCGAACGCGACUACCCUCGAACAGUCUGAAAUUGGUCGAUUCCAUCAAUCCACCGCGACUAUUUCAACCGGCCAACCCAACUCCUGGCUCGAUCCUUCUAACUCCUCAAAAGCAUCCUCGAAAACGACAAUUAUCCGACCUUGGAAACAAUUUCCAACCGCUAACGUUCCCUCUAACUGGCCAAGUUCCAUCGCCUCUGCAUUCGACCACCUUCAACGCCAAUGUUAAACCUCCGAAACAAGUGAUCGAGCCACGAAUUUCAUCCGCCCCGGCUCACAUCACCUUCAUCCCUACUCAGCGAAGAAGUCACGGCGUCGAACACUCCUUCUACCACAACCAUGGGCACCAUCAUGGACAUCAUCAUUCCCAUCACCAUGGUCACGAGGCUCACCACGACCAUCAUGCGAAGCAUAAGCACGAACACGGUCACAAGCAUCAUCACGGACACGAGCAUCACGCCGAGCAUAAGCAUCACGAGGAACACAAACAUCACGAGGAUCAUCACCACCACCAUGGACACCAUCAUCAUCAUGGUCACAAACACCACGAGGAUCAUAAACAUCACCAUGGUCACGAGCAUAAGCACGAGCAUGGGCACAAACACGAUCACAAACAUGGUCACGAUCACAAGCAUCACGGAGAACACCACCAUCAUCAUGGUCAUCAACAUCAUUCCAAACACGAGCAUCACGAGGAACACAAACACCAUGCCGAACACCAUCAUCAUCACAAGCAUCAUCACCACAAUGAACAUCAUCAUCAUCACGAUCAUCACCAUGUUAACGAACACCACCACCAUCAUACUCACAAGGAAACGGAGAACCAUCAUCAUCAUCAUGGACACGAGCACCAAGAACACCACAAACAUGGUCACAAGGAGGAACACAAGCACCAUCAUGGACACGAGCACAAACACGGUCAUCACGAGGAUCAUCAUCACAGUCAUCACCAGGACCAUCACCACAAACAUGGCCACGAACACAAGCAUGGUCAUCACGAGGACCAUCAUCACAAACACGGCCACGAACACAAGCACGGUCACAAAGAGGAACAUCACCAUGGCCAUCACGAAGAUCACAAACACGAUCAUCACGAGGAUCAUCACCACAAACACGGGCACGAACACAAGCACGGUCACAAAGAGGAGCAUCACCACGGACACCACGAAGACCAUCACCAUUCGCAUCAUCAAGACCACAAACACCAUCAUCACGAAGAACACAAGCACGGUCACGAGCACAAAGAGGAGCACAAACACGGUCACGAGCACAAGCAUCACCACGAUCAUCACGAGGGGCACCAUCAUCACGAACACCACAAACACCACGAAUCCCACGAACACAAACACGCCCACUCUCACGAGGAGGAGCAUAAGCAUCAAGAUGAUCAUCACCACAAACACCAUCACGAUAGCCAUCACAAACAUCACGAGAAUCAUCAACAUUCAGCCUACGAACAGCAUGGACAGGAGCACUUUAAAGGACUCGUGCACUUUUACGAUGCCUCUCAAAACCAUGAAGAGUACGUGUUUCCUGAAGAAACCGAAGCGAUUCCCGUGACGCCACCGGUAGUUGACAUUCUGAAGAUCGCGAAGCAGCCGGAUGUUAAAAAAUCGAUCGAGCAAGGAAAGGAGGAAGAAGCUUAA